UCCCAUAGAGAAUUAGGGUUUGUUGUUCUAGCCAUGGUUGUGACUCCAUUCAACGGCGUAGGCGUUGGUUUCGGCGCUGGGAUUGGAUGUGGUUUUGGGAUCGGCUGGGGAUUUGGAGGCGCUUCGAUUCAAACCCUCGGCCUUGGAAUCGGUGGAGGCUGCGGCGUUGGUGUAGGACUUGGCUGGGGGCUGGGCGGCGCUUACGGCACUCGCUACUUUGACUCCAAGCUGAAAUUCGAAGGUGUGGAAUUCGAGCAGCCAAGGAAGAAAAAGAUCUGGUGGCUUCAUCUGUUCGACCGAGGAAACAAGAGACGCGAGCUCAUCGCUGACGACAGUGGUGAUGACGAGGAAGACUCAGCGUGAUCUCGGGUAUAGAAAACUUUUCCUCUCGGCUCUAACUUUAGAUGCUAGUUAUCUCAGAGAACUUCCCGGUAGCAAAAUCUAUUGUCUAGUCCACGAGCUUAGCCGAGAGUGAUCAACUAUGCGUACGCUCUUGUUCUUGUUAAUGAGGAUCAUAUCGUUGAAUUUCGCGUC